AUGCAGGCUCUGGACUGCCAGACCGAAGCUGCCACCAAAGAAGUCUACCCCCUCUUCGAGAAGAGGCCAAAGAACUUUGCCAUUGGCCAGGACAUCCAGCCCAAGCGUGAUUUGACCCGCUUUGUGAAAUGGCCUCGUUACAUCCGCCUGCAGAGGCAGCGCUCCAUCCUCUACAAGCGUCUGAAGGUUCCCCCUGCAAUCAACCAGUUCACCCAGGCUCUGGACCGUCAGACCGCCACACAGCUGUUCAAGCUGGCCCACAAGUACAGGCCAGAGACCAAGCAGGAGAAGAAGCAGAGGCUGCUGGCCCGCGCUGAGCAGAAGGCUGCUGGGAAGGGAGACACCCCGACCAAGAGGCCCCCUGUCCUCCGUGCUGGUGUGAACACUGUCACCUCUCUGGUGGAGAGCAAGAAGGCCCAGCUCGUCAUCAUUGCCCACGAUGUGGAUCCAAUUGAGCUCGUCGUCUUCCUUCCCGCUCUGUGCCGUAAGAUGGGCGUCCCGUACUGUAUCGUGAAGGGCAAGGCUAGACUGGGCAGACUGGUGCACAGAAAGACCUGCACUUCAGUCGCCUUCACACAGACAAACCCGUGAGAACACCGGCACCUCUGGAGAGCAAGAAGACCCAGCUAGUCAUCAUUUCUAACCAUAUGGAUCCACUCGAACUAUUCUCUGGUCCAUAGACUGGUGCACACAACCUUACCAUCAGUGGCCUUUUACA